UGAAGCCAUCUGUCAUUUUGACUCACUCAUUUUAACUGGCUGAUCUGCCCUUGUGUGUCGUCUGCAUGUGUAAGGGUGUAUCAGUUGGGAUUCCAGAGACAUCUGAAAUCCACUUAAUUCAAGGUUAAAGUAACCUAGGCACAGAGUGGAAUAUCAUGGACCCUCCAAAGGAUACACCUGGGAACAGAACUACAAACCCCGUGUACAAAGAGGACAGCCUCAGCCAACAAAACAAAACAACAUCAACCCUACUGACCAGCCCAGUGACAAGGCCACUGAGCAAGAACAUUGGAUCCAGGCCAGACUGGCUGCUGUACACUGUCCCUGGUCUUGCUUUUGUACUAGGAAUUGUUUUGUUUCUUUUUGUCCUCAAAACCCACAAGAGAAGGACAGGUGCAUAUUACCACAGGGACAUGAAAGGAUGUUCUUCAGUUAAGCAAACAGAAAGUGAUGAUAUGGCACCCAAAUGUUUGACUACAGCUGACACCCAGUCAUAUGAAAAUGUGUUGGCAGCUAUUUACAGCAACCAAGAGGGAGUGUGUUUCUAUGUACGUGAAGACGAUGACUAUGUCACCCCUGUUGGUGGAGAUGAUGCAGCUGAGAAGUUUGCUCAGACCCCCUCCGAUUCUCUCAAUCUACCAGACACUCUUACAGAAGGAGAAUCUUAUGAGAACAUGGAAGGCCUCUAUGCUCAUCCACGUAAAAGAUUUAACAAGAGUCAGGAGGAGGAUGAAGUUUACUUCGAUCCUGAUGCAGUGGAACAACAAUGCCAAGGAGGGUUACAUUUACCACAGGAGCUAACUGACACUGAUUCAUAUGAGAACAUGGAGCAGAAUUUUGCAGCUCAUCAACAAGACAGUGACGAUUACAUCAAUCCUGACACAGAUAUGGGGCAUUGUUCCAGACUGAUGAGCUGUCCUCUGGAGGGUAGGGACUACUACACUGAAGAUUCCUAUGUUAGCAUGGAAGACAACCUUAUGUCACCUAUGGAGGAUCCGGAGUGGGAUUAAGGGUGUUGCAGAGAUCUCCAUACUAUUCAUGGCUGUGAAUAGAGGGGAGCUCUAGUCCGGUUGAGCUUCAGAAUGGACAGAAUGACAGAAUCCAUAGAUGGAGAUAGUUUUGGAUUGCAUGUUUCAUACUGCUUGUAAGCAUGCAUUUUUGUUUAACGAAAAAAGGGGCAUUAUCGUUUAACAAUUUGCAAAAACAUGGGAGGUAAACCUAAUGUAUGCCAUGUUCAUUGCCCCUCACUUCUUUAAUUGACAAUUGAAAUGCCACAUUCAUACAUACUAGUCUCAAAAAAGAUUACGUUUUAUGUUGGUCUUCUCAUCUUUAGGACUGCAUUUUCCAUUGAUGUAAAAAAAACUGUUACUGUAACAAACUGUGCCUGUUUUCAUUAGAAAUCAACAGCCAGCAGAUACUUGUUGUUUAUGCACUAACAGGAAGUGGUUCAGUUGGUUGAAGCCCAGCCCAUGAGUAUGUGCAGCUGAACAUGUUGCAUACUUAGCAAGUUAUCAGGUUCCUCUUGUAUUCAUAACAUUGUUUGUAUAAAAUGACCACAGUGCAGCUUUGUAAUUAAUGUCACAUAAAGCUAAUUUUUUUUUUAUUGUUCUGAAAUAAAAUGCUAAUUUUAUUUCUGUUUCAGUGUGACAUUCUGUCAAUAUGAUGCCAACUAAACAAAUUUCAAACGAAUCUAAAACUGUCUACCAGUUCAUCAGUUUGCAAUUUAUUUGGACUUCA